UGUUGUUCACAUAACUUCACUUUCAAGGCCAAUCCUCUUUAACUUCCAUUUUUCUCACUGCACACAACUUUUCCCUACCCUUUAAGUAUAACACCAAAAACCCACGCAUUUCCACACCCUUUGCACAUACUUCUUCUCUUUCUAUCUUUCAAGCAAGUGCAGAGCAUUAACUCUGGUUUCGUGUCACCUAGGGACCGUGAUGAUCAUAAAGUUUUCGUCUUUUCAGUGAUGGGUUCGUGUUCUUCGCUCCCCAGAAAGGCUAACGCAGACAUGAACCUCAAACUCUCGUUGGGUUCCAAAUCUGAGAAGCUUGUGAUUCCUCCAUCACCCAUUAAGGGACAGCCCCAAAAUGGGGAUUUUAAGUGGUCAACUGCUCGGUCAACGACCACCUUCACGGACUAUGGCAGCAAAGAGGAAGCAUAUUUUGAUUCCAAGCCCUGGUUAGACUCAGACUGUGAAGAUGAUUUCUAUAGUGUCAAUGGUGACUUCACACCAUCUAGAGGGACCACACCAGUUCACCACACUUUUGGGACCCCUUCUAGGAGUAGAAUUCAUGGUUCAAUUUCUGUUGUUGAACCAUCCCCAGAGAAGAAAAAGAAACUCUUGGAACUUUUUCGUGAAAGUGUGAAAGAUGAGCAAGUUGAUGAUGGCCAUGGACACAAAGCAAUGAAACCAACCACACAACAUGUCAUGGCUAAAUCUGCAAAUUGCACUCCUUUUAUCUCAGGGGCUAACUCUACUUGUAGUAGUGAAAGAAUCAUGAGUGAGGAUCGUGCUUCCAUUAGAGAGAAAUCAGUUAAGUCUUUACAGUGGUGCAUUCCGAGCUUGUCCUCAUGCAGAAGCUUUAGGGAGAGAAGUAGGAAGACAAGUCCUGCAAUCGAAGUAAAUGGAAAACAUUGAGUAUGCUUGCAAUCUGAUGAACCAAACUGUCUUAUGUGUUUAAUUUAUACUCACUAUGCUAAUGUAAAACAAUUGUACACCAAUGUUCAAUAAAAUUUUGUCAUCUUAUCUCCU